AUGAACCUGUUGCUGCUCUUCCUCCUCCUCUUCCAGCUUGCAGGCUCAUCUGCCCUCAAAGCAGUGUCCAAUGCAGUGAGUGGCCCAGUGCGGGGCUCACUGACUGUGCAGUGUCGCUAUGGACCCGGGUGGGAGACCUACAGUAAGUGGUGGUGUCGAGGAGCCAAGUGGAGUUACUGCCGUAUCCUUGUUCAAACCAAUGGAUCAGAGCAGGAAAAGAAGGGGGACCGAGUGUCCAUCAAGGACAAUCACAAAUCGCGCACGUUCACUGUGACCAUGGAGGAGCUCAGGUGGAACGAUGCAGACACUUACUGGUGUGGGAUUGAGAGAUCUGGAAUUGACCUUGGGGUCGAAGUUAAAGUGACCAUUGACCGAGUAUCAACCACCACCACCACCACAACAACCAUGUCCACAGCGCCAGCAGAGACCAAAGGCCCCCGGACUGUGACCAGCCACCACUCCAAUGGCAGCGCUAACUCCAUGAAGCUCAGCAUCCUGAUUCCCCUCAUGUUGGCUGUGUUGCUGCUUCUCCUGGUGAUGGCCUCACUCUUGGCUUUGAGAAAGAUGAAGCAGCAGAAGAGAGCUGCUGGGAUACCCCCAGAGCAGGUGCUCCAGCCCCCAGAGGGGGAUCUCUGCUAUGCAAACCUGGCCCUGGAGCCAACCAGCACCUCCCACAACUCCUCCCAGAAGAAGGCCUGCACAAAGUCCUCCUCCUCUGCCCUGGAUGAUCAGCAGGAAGUGGAAUAUGUCACCAUGGCCCCCUUUCGGAAGGAGGACAUUUCCUAUGCGGCUCUGUCUUGGGAGCCUUUGAAUCAGGAGUCAACCUACUACAACAUGAACUACCACGUUGCCCACGUUCCCAGCAGGAGCCACGAGGAACCCAUGGAAUACAGCAGCAUUAGGAGAUCUUAG